AUUGCAAAGAUAGGAGAUAUAUAUGACUGGUCUCUAGCUACCACACGUCUUACCUGUAGCAGUAUACUCUGGUUGAGUAGUGCGCAAUACAGCCAUAGAGAGACGGCAAAACAUUCUUCUCUUGCCUCAGCAUCAAUCUUGUUUAUUCGAUCUAGCAGCUGCAACUCGCAAAACACCAUGAGAAAGGAGAUCAUCAUCCGGAUGCAGCCGGGGUCGGACAGAUACCACAAGAGAGCUCUCAAGGUGGCCGCCGCGGUGAGCGGUAUGUUCGAUCGAUUCUUCGUCUUUGUCACGGGACCGAAUGCAUCCGGUGGAUUAGAGGUUCUUUUACAGGAGUAGUGUCGGUCACGAGGACCGGCAGGAACAUGGAGCUGCUGGUGGUGAUCGGCGACGGCGUGGACGAGGGCCUUCUGACCAAGAAGCUGAGGAAGGAGGUCGGGGAGGCGGAGAUAGUGGAGCUGCGGACGCUAGCGGCGGGCGCCUCGGGCUCGGGGUAUCUGCCGGGCACGUCGUCCAGGGACGUCGCCGCCGCGCACUCCCGGUCUCCGCACCACUGGCAUUCCGUCAACACUCCGGGCCGGGACUUGCCGGUGAGGGGCCACGUCUCGUACCCGGUCUCAGCACCGUCGCCUCUGGCCAACCCCGCGGUCGCACGGUGGCCGGCCGAGCAGUACAGGCAAACCGACGCGGGGUACUACCCCGAUGCUCCCAGCCCCAGCCCGUCCUACUACCACGCGUCGCCCAUGGCUGUGCACGGCGGGUAUGGGGGCAGCAAUUACGCGCGUGCGGCGGCGCGCAGCCACCCGGCGAACUACUCCCCGAUGAUCGAGCGGCACGACUACAACGCGGCGGGGAGCUGGCAUCGGCACGGCGGCGGCAGAACGCCCAAGUGUUGCUCCAUACAGUAG